CCUAGUAAUUAAGCAUUGAUUGUUUCUUUAGGAUUAGAACCCAAAAUGAGAGCAAUGUCGAUGGUUAAUACUACCGGUUACUGCACUCUAUUACUAUGUCUUUUGAUGCAUUCAUUUUCCUCCACUCAUGUUCAUGCAGCUUCUUCUUCCUCUUCAGCUUCACUUUGUGAUUUAACUCCUCAUCCAGCAUUCUGUCGUUCUCAAGAACCAUCAAACAAACCAACCAACAUCCAUGAUUUCGGAAGGUCAACCGUCAAAAAAGCCUUGACAGCAUCCAUUGCAUUGAGUAAAUCGAUUAAUCGUUACUUAAACUCGAAAACUUCACCCUCAUCAUCAUCUCAAACUGUAAUUUUGGCACUUGAAGAUUGCCAAUUCCUCCUUGACAAAAACAUCGACAUUCUAUCAAGCAUUGCUCAAACUCUCAAGGACAAAGAUACCCUUGAUAGGCAACAAUACGAGGAUUUACACACACAGUUCAGCGCAACCAUAACCGAUAAACAGACUUGUAUUGACGGCCUAAUCUUCGCGGCUUCAUCGUCAUCUUCCAUUGUGAAAGACAUUUCACCUCCACUUUCUAAUGGCUCCAUGCUUUGUAGCAUUUCUCUUGCAUUCUUCAAGCAUGGAUGGGCCCCUCCGGGUACCAAAUCCAGGUCUCUUGAAGAAUCAUUCCCUCUUUCGUCGUCGUCGUUUUCUCACAGGAAGCUUCUGCAACUUAAGGGUGUUAAGAUUAACCAAACGGUGACCGUGAAUCCUAAUGGAAGUGGGAAUUACAUUACCAUUACAGAUGCUAUUUUAGCUGCACCAAACGACACUCAAUAUGGGCAAGGAUACUACCUGAUUCGGGUUGCUGCCGGGAUUUAUCAAGAGUAUAUCAACAUUGCAAGCAACAAGAAGUAUUUGAUGAUGGUUGGUGACGGAAUUAACCAAACCAUCAUCACCGGGAAUCACAGUGUUGAUGAUGGAUGGACCACCUUCUCUUCCGCCACAUUUGUUACAAACGGACAAAGCUUCAUAGGAGUGAACCUCACGAUCCGCAACACAGCGGGAGCCAUAAAACACCAAGCCGUAGCCCUUCGUAACGACGCCGAUUUUUCCGUAUUUUACCAAUGCAGUUUCGAGGGUUAUCAGGACACAUUGUACACCCAUACAAUGAGGCAAUUCUACAGGGAAUGUGACAUUUACGGCACGGUAGAUUACAUAUUCGGAGACGCAAAUGUGGUUUUCCAACACUGUAACAUUUACUCUAGGCUUCCCCUUAAAGGUCAAACCAACACAGUUACCGCCCAAGGUAAAACAGACAUAAAUCAGAACACCGGCACCACGAUUCAUGAUUGUAAGAUCAAGGCCGCGGACGAUUUGUUACCGAGUAUCAAUACGACAAAAACGUACUUGGGUCGGCCUUGGAAAAACUUUUCUACAACGAUAGUUAUGGAAUCGUUCAUGGAUACCUUGAUCAACCCGGCGGGUUGGUUGCCCUGGAAUGGUAGUCAGUCGUUGGAUACGUUGUAUUAUGCCGAGUAUAAUAACACGGGUCCUGGAUCGAAUACUACGAAUCGGGUUACUUGGCCCGGGUACCAUAUCAUAACUAAUGGAGCCGACGUUCUUAAUGACACGGUUUCCGCUCUCAUAUCAGGAGACUUUUGGUUGCCUUCUACAGGAGUUCCUUAUACUAGCCUCUUGCUGUAUUAUCCUUAAUAUCUGAUAUUUUCCUCUAAUCCUCUCUCCUUUUUUUGAAAGAAACAAAACCAAAAAGAAAAAAGAAAAGAAAAAGGAUUAAUAUCGGAUUGUAGUUUUGAAGGAUUUGGAUCCUAGAAGUUGACUUUAAAUUACAGUCUAACCCCAUAAAAAAGAUCAGGACCGUUUUGUUAUGGUUGCUUUGGUUUCUAAUUUUUUUUGUUUCCAUUGUAAUCUUUGGUUUUUAGUUUAUCUAUAGAGGUAUCUCCAAAUCUUUGUCAUGAGUGUUAGAAGAAAUGAUUUUAAUUUUGUAUUUACAAAAUUACUUCGGUCAACAAUGUCUAAAAUAUGCAAAAUCUGGGAAAUGUAAGCCAUUUAUAUCUGGAUAUCUGAAUUCGCUUUUUUCUGAUCUACAUUCUGAAGUUCGUUGUGA